AUGGACAGACUUAAAAACCAGACAACCCUGGCCCAGGAAGUUGGCUGUAUGAAGAUCGAGCUCUUUGCAGACGUCGUGCCUAAGACAGCCAAGAAUUUUAGGCAGUUCUGCACUGGAGAAUUCAGGAAAGAUGGGGUUCCUAUAGGAUACAAAGGAAGCACUUUCCACAGGGUCAUAAAGGAUUUCAUGAUUUGGGGUGGAGAUUUUGUUAAUGGAGAUGGUACUGGAGUUGCCAGUAUGUACCGGGGACCAUUUGCAGAUGAAAAUUUUAAACUUAGACACUCAGCCCCAGACCUGCUCUCCAUGGCAAACAGUGGUCCCAGUACAAAUGGCUGCCAGUUCUUUAUCACCUGUUCUAAGUGUGAUUGGCUGGAUGGGAAGCACACAGUGUUUGGAAAAAUCAUGGAUGGACUUCUAGUGAUGAGAAAGAUUGAGAAUGUUCCCACAGGCCCCAACAAUAAGCCCAAGCUGCCUGUGGUGAUCUCACAGUGCAGAGAGAUAUAG